UUCAAAAAAAUCAAAGAAAAAAUCCCAACUUUGUCAAAAUUGGAAAGUUAGAACCUUGUUUGGUUUUUCAUAGAAAGUGACCCAAUAUUUUUAAUUAUGAGUAAUAAAAUUUUCCAAAUGUUAAAGCUUGGAAUUUGGAAAGAACAGCUGAGAUCAUGGCGCAUUGAAUUGAAACACACUAAUCUUCACGCACAUUUCUCUCUUCCUCCAUUCCUCGAUUCUCGUCCCCAUUCAUUUAUGGAACUUUAAUACUUAUUGCAUUUUCCCUCUUUUUCCUCAAUUAUAAUCACUCUUCCUUGCUUUACCUUCUUCCCCUUGAAGAUCUUAUUACUCACAUUAUCUGAAGCAGUUGUUGGAGAAGAAGUUAACUUUAUCAUGUCUACUGUGGGUAACUCGACGAAUAUCUUCUGGCAUGAAUGUCCAGUUGGAAAGAUGGAUAGGCAAAAGCUACUUGAUCAAAAGGGAUGUGUUGUUUGGAUUACUGGUCUUAGUGGAUCAGGAAAAAGCACAUUGGCUUGCUCUUUAGAUAGAGAGCUACAUUCCAGGGGUAAACUAUCUUAUGUACUUGAUGGAGACAAUCUUAGGCAUGGUUUAAACAAGAAUCUUGGCUUUUCCGCUGAGGACCGUGCUGAAAACAUACGCAGAGUUGGGGAGGUUGCGAAGCUAUUUUCAGAUGCUGGCUUGAUUUGUAUAGCAAGUUUGAUAUCUCCGUAUAGAAAAGAUCGUGAUGCUUGUCGUGCAAUGCUACCAGAUGGAAAUUUCGUUGAGGUUUUCAUGAACAUGCCUUUGGAAGUUUGUGAAGAACGAGAUGCCAAAGGACUUUAUAAGCUUGCUCGUGCUGGAAAGAUCAAAGGCUUUACUGGCAUAGAUGACCCAUACGAGCCUCCACUGAACUGUGAGAUAGAACUGAAUUUGUUAAACGGAAUUUGCCCAACACCACUCGAAAUGGCUGGGCAGGUAACAUCAUACUUAGGCGAGAAAGGCUUCUUACAUUACGAAUGAUCUCAUACUGUCGGGUUUUGUUGUUUGCAUACGGCCUUACAUGUCUAGAUAUUGCUUAACAAGUAAUGCUUGGGUGCCAUGCUUGGGUGCCUGGGAAAAUCCAAGCAAGUUCGGGUUUGGUUUGAUUAUGCUCCAUUAAUAGGAUUGUAUGUAUUGAAUAUGAAGAUGAUUCUCAUUUAUCCUGUUUAGAUGGUAUUUUUGGUUCUUCAUUUCUAUUACCACAAGUUCUGGAUUUGUUCUUUAUUAAAGGUGUAGUCCAUAAAGUGAUAAAACUAUUUUUUAUUUUAGUUUGCAAA